CUCAGGAUGAGUGGAGCUCACUGACUGUGUUUGGUGAACCGACGUCAUGCCCGCAGCCCUCUCUCUCUCAUCUAAUGACGGUCCUGGUUGAUGAGGAGGACGCUGCGAAACAGUAAUUAGGGGCCGUGGGUAAAGGUUGAUGAGUCGAAGCCCUCAGCUCCAGCUGUAUAUAAAGUGAGACAGUCGACUGUGAAGACAUGAGAGUCUGCUUUGAGGAAGGAGCUGCUUUGAGUUAAGGAGGAUCUAGCGAGGAGCAGUUGCUGUUCGUGUCUCCGUUGGUAAAAAGAUCAGCGUCCUCCAGCCAGUGAAGAAGCCAUGCUCAUCUGGUCCCCUCAUGGCCGUCACACGACCACCGUCUCCCUCCUCUGGCAGCCGCAGCUGAUGUUCAUCCUAGCCCUGGCUGCGCUGCUCUGCCCCCCGGGCUUAGUGACGGGUCAGGGGGAGAGCCAGACCCAGUCUCCUGCCCAGGUGCUCCAGGACCUGCUGGCCCGCUAUGGAGACAACACCACCAUCACGGUGCCCCAGCUGCGCUCUCUGCUGGCCCUCCUCAGCGAGGGUCAGGGUGAAGGUGGCGGAGACAGCAGCAGCCACGUGGCCGAGACGCCGACAACCACACCUCCCAAAUCCAACAGCUCCAAGUGCUUGCCCGCAGACACGUUGGCCAUUUACAGCAUCAGCGAGCAGUCACGGCUGGACGGGCAGCAUUUGAAGGAGCUGUGCCCCACCAUGCUGCAGCAGCUGGACGCCGGCACCUGCAAGAAUCAGAAAGAGGAGACGCUGAGCAGCGGGCCCAGGCCGUCAGACGCUGAAGUGUGGGGUUAUGGGAUCCUGUGUGUGACGCUGAUCUCUCUGUGCUCGCUGGUCGGGGCGAGCGUGGUGCCCUUCAUGAAGAAAACCUUUUACAAGCGACUGCUGCUCUACUUCAUAGCCCUGGCCAUUGGCACGCUCUACUCCAACGCCCUGUUUCAGCUCAUCCCAGAGGCCUUCGGUUUUGACCCCAUGGUGGAUUUCUACGUGUCCAAAUCUGCGGUGGUGUUCGGAGGCUUUUACCUCUUCUUCUUCACAGAGAAAGUCCUCAAAGUGCUUCUCAAACAGAAACAUGGGGGCCACGGCCACAGUCAUUACCCCGGAGCAGAUCGUUACUCGACACCCGACGCAGACCUGGAGGAGGGUGAGAAGGAAAAGCUGCAGCAGAAUGGAGAAGCCAGCAGUCUGGCUCUGGGCAAGGUGGACGCAGGGGAGGGCGAGCUUAUGCUCAGCCCUGCACAGACACCACAGGACUCUCAGAGCCCAGACAGCGGGGGCCGGUCUGGAAGCAGUGGCGGUGGAUGCUAUUGGCUGAAGGGGACGACCUAUUCCGACAUCGGCACACUGGCCUGGAUGAUCACGCUAAGCGAUGGUCUGCACAACUUCAUCGACGGCUUGGCCAUCGGCGCCUCCUUCACCGCCUCUGUCUUCCAAGGCAUCAGCACCUCCGUGGCCAUCCUGUGUGAGGAGUUUCCCCACGAGCUGGGAGACUUUGUGAUCCUGCUGAACGCUGGCAUGAGCAUACAGCAGGCUAUGUUCUUUAAUUUCCUGUCGGCCUGUUGCUGUUACCUGGGCAUGGGCUUCGGCAUCCUGGCCGGAAACAGCUUCUCACCCAACUGGAUCUUCGCCCUGGCAGGAGGAAUGUUCCUCUACAUCGCUCUGGCAGACAUGUUCCCGGAGAUGAAUGAGGUGAGUCGCGAGGAAGAGGACGCGGGCGGCAGCAGCUUCCUCCUCACCUUUGCCAUCCAAAACGCCGGCCUGCUCACCGGCUUCGCCAUCAUGCUCCUCCUCACCACCUACUCCGGGCAGAUCCAGCUGGGCUAGCAGCAGACUCCAGCUCUGACCAUCAGGAACUGGGACGUCGGCUAGUUUGUGCCGGUGGAAACUAGAGAAAGUGAGGAAGGGAGGCCGAAUUUUUUUUUUUCUCUUUAUCUUCUUAAAUUUUCAGGACCCCGGAAUUUGGGAAGUUUCAGUGCGGCAGGUACGCACACUCCAUAUUUGAGUAGCUGCUUUUUUUUUGCGGUUCCCACAUGCAGUAGAUGCCAGACAGAGUCUUUAUUCAACGUUUUCCUGACAGCUAAAAGUCCCAACUGAAACAGCGUUCAGCUUAGAAAGACGACAUAAAGACGUGCUGGACAUGAACUGAUGUGCAAUACUCACCCAGUCACCCAAACUGCUCCCUGUUCCCCAGACUACUGAUCAGCCAUUUUGGCUCCUUGCUCUUAUUCCCUCUCUCCUCUCCUGUUCUUCCCUCAGUGGGGAGCCUGCUGAGAUUCAUUACAUGCAGAGUAUUUAUAUCACUAAUCCUCUGUGCCCACAGUACUUCCUCAGGAGGUGGGAAAAGCACAAUCAGGUAACAGCAGCUGUAUUAUUAUUGACAUCCUCGAGUCUUUAUCCUUCUGUUCCAUAUCCCUCCUCCGCCUUCCUUUUGUUCCCAUUCCAUACCAAAAACAAUUUAUUAUGGACCUGAGCUGGAAUUUUAAUCAGACAUCAAACUGACUUUCGGCUGGACUUUGUUGUUUGUGUGUUAAUGUUAUAUUUUUUUACACAUGUAAAAAAACAAAAAAAAAAACGAUCAGAACUUUUGAAGACCAAAUAUGGGCAGACCAUUGCGAAUGGUGAAGGGCUACACAGUGACGAUAGGAAGGGCACACUUCAUCCUCCCUGAGUGUGGACUCGUCUGCACCCUCGACACGCAGUUAGAAGUUCCUGAAGAAGCCUGGGUCGUCUCUGUGAAGUGACACAAAGUCCAGAGUUUUGCUUUUUUUGUGGCUUUAUCCAGAUUAGACGCAGCAACAACAUCCAGCGUCCACAGCAGCAUUUCUCCAGAGUUAACCAUCUGUGCCCUUCAUUGAUACAGCAUUGAAUAGUUUUAGCUUCUUUUUUUUUUAAUGGUCUUCGCACAUCCCAUGGACUACUUUUCCCAGAGUUCUCUAUUCUUUUACAGUCUAGUCAUAGGUUUAAUACUGCAAGCUGAAUCCUUUAAGCACGCACACUUCGCCUGCUGGACUGGUUUGUUUAUCCAUGUUGAUAACGACAGAAAAAUUUGAUUUAUAUACUGUAUUUAGUCACUUAGGUUGUUCUCUUUCAGUUACACUAUAUGGCCAAAAGUUUAUAGACACUUAAUGUUUUUUAAACAGUUAUGGACUGCACUUAUUCAGUGCUUUUCUCAUCUUAUCGAUCACUCAAAGCCCCAAAAAUCAUAUAAAAUGAAUAUUUAAAAUGUUAAUUCAAUGAAAGAUAAUAUAAACCAGACUAAAAGCAGAAGGCAUGACCAAACUUCAGAGUUUUACAUAAGUUAAAGGAGCCGGGGAUCGAACCUCAGACCCUCUGAUAAGUGGAAUACCCAGUGAUCUUUGAAGAACCAAUGGGAUCAGUUAAAAACACUUAAUGCAGUUGUGAUGGUAUUUCCAGUCAUCAAAGACUCAAAAAACUUUUUAAAAACUUAUUUGAAAUCAACUCAGCACUUUUUGUGACAAACAAACAAAUAAACAAACAAUCCCAGCUGUUUAUACCUAAAGUAAAAAGAAAAGACCCAUUUUUCUCUUCAAACUUUGCUUCUGUGACCUGGGUAAUGUCCCUGAGGGACACUGAGAGGAAUAAGGUGAGAAUACACUGGACUUUGAACGCUGCUGCCAGUAUAAAUAGAUGUAAAUCUUUAUUCAUACGUUGUUUUAUUCAGACUUUAUGUAAAUAAAAAUGUGUGAAUUUGCCCGUUUUUACAUAGAAAACAAGUUAAUUUCUAAAUUUCAUUUUCCAGGUCACAAAAGAAAAGUUUGAAGGGAACACAGAUCACGUUCUAUAAGCAAUUAAGAAAUAACACUAUCCAGGAACAGUUAUUAGCUGCACCCUUAGAAAACAGUGAGUUUCCAACUUGUGGCAGCGGUUUAACAGAACAUCUUUUCCUGAUUUAACAUGACAGUGCCCCAGAUGCUAAUGCUAACAAUUUGGAAUAAGCUGUAUCAUAUAACUUUGGCCAUGUAGUGUAAUUUAAACCUAAUUGAAACAAGUGAAAAAUGGUUUAUGAUGUCUAAAAUUUGAUUUUAUUGAAGCAUCAGCAGAGCAGCUGCUGGUGUUUGUCAUGUUUAUGUGACGUGACCGGUUUCUCUUCAGCAAACUCUGACAUUAGCGUCAUGCUAAGGAUGAAACAACCAGUCACACCAUAGCUGCAUCGUAGUUUUUGCUGUUGCGUACACUACAAAUCAGUGUGAGUUCAAUUAUUGAUACUUUACAGAUCGAUCGCACAAUUUUUUCUCUGUACAAUAUUCAAAACUCAACGCGGAGUAAGUCGUCGGUCACCAGAAGCUUCACACUUUUCCUUAGAUUGAACAUGAUUAGAUAGAUUAGAGCUAUAGAGCAUUAUUUAUUAGAGAUAGAAACUGGAAGAAAUUAUUGGCUGUCGCAGUGUAUAGGCCGACUGAAAACAGAGAAAAUAAAAUAGAAAUAAAAAGAUUUCUGUUAUGAGGUAAGCCAUUACAACGGGUACCAUGUGGUACAGUAUUACUGCUGCUUGAUGAGUAUGAUUAAUGGGAGAUUAUUUAUUGUUGUUUGAGCCAUAAAAUAUUUAUUUUAUGCUUUACACCCAAGAUAAAGUAUUUGUUUUAGCUUUACACCACAAGCCAUGAAUGCUGACAAAAAUCCAGUCUUUUUGUUUGUUGUCAUUUAUUUUUGUUUUAGUAUUUUUUAUGACGAUUAAAUGAAACAGCUGCCAGAAUAUAUACUGAAACUCUUCAGAUUUACGUUAAAAAACUGACACCAGAGCACACACACAAGCAGAAAGACAGAGUUGCUAGUUGAGUUACGAUCAAGUAAACGUCAUGUUGUUCAGUUCAGACACAAACCAGUAAAUCUGAUGAUGCAUUCAGGAGCGCACAAACAAUAAGACUUGUAAUGACAUUACAGUGGAGGUUUCUCUCUCAGAAUCAAACAACAAACAAACAAGCCAAGCAGUGAUUUAUUCUCUGGAGGUCUUAAUGAUUUAUCGAUGCUCAUUUAAAAAGAAAAAUAUUGUACCUGAUGUAAUUCAUGUGAAUCUUUUCAGCCUUCUCUCUGUGUGUCAUGGGAAUCCUUUUUUUAUAAACAUAAUUUUCCAAGAAAAUCACGUGUCAAGUGUCAUGAUUGAACGAUCCUGUGUUGGUUUAACAGCUCAAUAAAGAUGUGAUUAAACUUUUAUUUGAAGAGUGCAAAUAAA